CAUUAAAAUACAAGAUAUCGUCAGGAGGUAGGCAUUCACCCCUUGUCACAUAUACGUCAUUGGUAUAGUGGGGGUAUGAACUCAUGAUAGUGCACCUACACCUUCUGAUUAUCGUGCUUGGUACCCGGUUCCAGGCGCCGGCGCUGUGAUGCUUAUUCCAACAUUGACGUAGGCAAGAUGGCUUUGACUGUGUCGAAAGCUCUCCCAUGACAUCAGAAUUCAUACAAUAGACGAGUACGUAGGAAAGACAUCUCUACGCAAGUAACAUCACAGAGUAUUAAAAAACCAAAUUCCAGUACUUUUAAUCCCUAAUAUUCCAUUUGUCCUUGUGGAUUACGUAAACUACGUCACCAACAAAUCGUUUACUCGUUCGAAACGAUUUUAAUGAACGACCAAAACAGAAAAUACCGUUUGUCAAAGUGAAUCUCGAAGUUGAGUGAAGUUGCAUUGCAAUGGUAGCAAUAAAUAAUUUUGUGGGACAAUUAUUGAAAAAAUGUGAUCACCAGUAGGAGACAACAAGAGCCUUGAUGAGUCCGGCCAAUGAUAGACCCAUUGAAUAGUGUUAAUAUGUUGAUUAUAAAAUCAUAUCGUCGUAAUCAUAUGAUAAUUAAACGUGAUUUAUUCAGAUUGCCUAGACCACUGGAAUACAGAGUGAUGAGAUAGUGAAUGGAUGACAAAAUGAUAAUAAAUUUUCACGAAUUGUGGAACAAAGUGAAUGGAUUUUAUUGGCCUCGUUAUGGGCAUGAGACGACGAGAAAGGAAAAAAUCAACUUCUCUGUAUGAUCCCCUUUAUUUUAUUAUUCUUUCGAUCGAUAAGUGAUAAAAUACAUCUCCACAACCAUUGAAACGUCAUCGAUUUAUUGAAAUGUUCAAUUCACACAGGUGAAAUUGAUUUUAACAUGUCGAAUUGGUUUUUAUCUUGUCUGUGACUAACAUUGGUAACAUCGAUUCCAGACUAUUGAGUGGAGUGUGUGGUUGUGUGUGUGUGUAUGAGCUUUUGACAUCCGGUAUCUUUUAUGUCACAACUUUUUCAUUAUGUCAACCUGGAUAUAAUUGCACAAAAGGGAAUGGAGCACUCUGUUCGACAAUAGUGUCUAUAAUGCUAAUGCGUCGUUGAUGAAUGAUUAAAAAAUAUGUUAAAAUACAGUCUCGGUGAGGGUUGUAAAGUGCAGCAGCCCCCCCAGUUUUCCUAACUUUACUGUAUCUACUCUUAUAGACAAAUCGAUGUAUGAAUAUAGGACUGCCGUUGAACUUUGUCCUUUAUCACGCCGAAAGUGUGAAUAUGAUAAACAAGUGGUGGUCAAUUCAUGAUAGUUGAUUAUUCAUUUCAUUACUGAGGUAUUGAUAGGAUUCAUAGGAUUAACGUUCGUGGUUUGGAUUAAUUUUAUGGCGAUUCGUCAUUUGGAUGGCGUGAUACAAGACAUAAAGGGGUCAACACCGUGAUGAGGAUCAAUCUCUGGGAAUUUUUGUGGAAUAUUAUGAAGCUCGUGAUGGCCCUGCUUUAUCCAUAAUUUCACCUGAUUCAGUGAAGGAUUUGGGAUCAUGUCACUUCUAAACGUGACUGUGAAGAAAGCCAGAUUUGUUGGAGUACAAGCACAACAAUACAACAGCUAUGUAACGUUGAAGUUGCAGAAUGUGAAAACAACAACAAUCACGGUUAAAGGGGCUCUGCCAUGUUGGGAACAAGACUUCCUGUUUGAAACGAACGACAUAAACACUGGACUUGUGAUAGAAGUUUGGAAUAAAGGGAUGCUUUGGGAUCGAGCUUUGGGGUAUCAGUAUAUACCACUUGCUGAGCUUUCUCAGGUGAAUGAGAGUGAGAUUGAACAAUGGAUGAAUCUCGAUUCAGAGUUAGAAAUGAGGGGAAGCGAAGUUGUUGGUACGAAAUCACCGACUGGGCAUUCACUCCUUCUAGCUUGUCGCUUCGAACAGCCAUUCGGUAAUUACGUGCUCUCUCCAGAUCCAGAGAAUACGCGAGGUGCAGACCUUCAGCGAAAGCUCGAAAUGUUGAAUUCUUCGAUUGAUCCAGAGGCACGUGCCGAACAAGCUCGGAGACAGAUGCUUUAUAAUUUCGGACACUCUGGAUACUCUGAGGAUUCUGAUUAUACAUCAGAUCUGAAUUAUCCAGUGGGUGGUCAAGGUGCAAAUAGUUCAGCAUCACAAUUUCGUGCAGCAGCGAAUCAGCUGGCAACACCUCAACGAUCAUUAGAAACAUCUCGAGAGAAUAGUUAUGAGCGUGAUGAUCAUCAGAUUUCGGGGGGUACUGCACCUCGGGCAGGUCCAAUUUAUGGAUAUGGUGGAAGAGGACACAGUCCGAGAUAUGAGCAGUCGUGUCCUGACCAAGGACCCCUGCAUCGAGUGUUGCCUCAAGCAAGUGGAGAGUCUUCCGAGCCAUUGUUUUAUAACAGCAGACCGAGACAUUACAAAGAGUACAGAAGGCGAAAACACACUUGGGAUUACGAGGACAGCCAAGACGGCUGGUACAGCGAGGGAUACGAUUAUCAGGGGACGAGAAUCGAUGACACCCGAAUAUGCAGUGAUAACGAGUUUUAUCCGAGUGUAAACACAAGCUACAAGAGAAAAGUUCCACACAGAAGGCCAUCGCUCGAGCGUCAAGCAACUCUCUGUGAUGAUAUGUAUUACGGACCAGACACGUAUAUUAAUGAUAUUACAGUAUCAGAAGUCAGUGGUGUAUAUCCGGAGUACAAAGCAAACAACAAAUCGGAUGAUUAUUACAAUAAUAUAACCACUUAUUCCUACGAAGCCGAAAGGUACGAUCAAGACGAUGAGGAUAGGCAGUGGGAUAGUGGGGGAAGAUUCUACUCGAGAGCCAAUGUACGGACUCACAAUAAUAGAAAUCGAAAGACAUUACCGCAGAGACCUGCAUCAUCCAUUGGCAUUCAAAGACCCAAUUAUCGUCCGACUGUUAUGAGACAGCAGAGUUAUGGAUCUGAUGGAGCUGAUGAAAGUAUGCAAAAUUCUCAUUGGCGUAGAAAUUACCAUCUUCAACAUCGUUCAGCAUUUCCUCCAGAUGGUACUAGCACUGGAAAAAAGCUCCCUCCAACACCAUCAAAAUCCUCCACAAGUACAAUUGUGGGAAGAAAACCUAUGUCAUUGCCAGCAACUCCAGGUCGUCAAUUACCCCGUACAUACGCAUCAUCAGUCGAAGAUUAUUACACUCAAAAUUAUAAUGAGGACUUUAAUUAUGCGUAUCAAAGUAGUCAGGAACACUUGCAGGAUAAUUACUUGGAGGAUAUUCAUAAACCACCUCAAUCAUCGAUUCAGAGUGAACCAGUUGUUGUGCACGACAAUCAGUUUGUGCCAGAUUAUCCAAUCGAGCCGUCUCAUCAAUAUUCCCAGGAAUUUAUGGAUUCCCAAGAGGUGUACAAUGAUGUAUCCUACGUAGAUAAUUCAUACACAAAUGAUUAUCAGGAUAUUUACACAUCUGCAGCAUCAGCAUCACAUACUAACCAAUCAAUGCACUAUGAUACUUAUCAAGAAAGUACAUAUCCAAGGACUAGUGAAUCGUUAGUACAUCAGUACGGUAAUAGUAGUGAAAAAAUGGAGAUUGAGGAUAGCUAUAACGUACAUCAUUACGAUAAAAAAAUUAAUGAAUCGUAUGAAGAACCGUCCAAGCACGAUAUUCAUCAUGAUUCACACGAUGAUCCAUCAUUUAUAAAGGACAAUUCAUUCCACGACUCUCGCCAGCAAAAUUCAUCUCUUGCAUCUUAUCAACAGGAUUCAUUUCCUGAAUCAUAUACUGAUUCAUAUAAGGACACUGAUAAUUAUCACGAUUCAUAUGAAAAAGACAAUAAUAUUGAAUCACACGAUUAUCCAGCACCAAUAAGUACCACUUACGAUACAAAAAUUGUCACAUCAGUUAAUGAUCAACGAUAUAUACAGGAUAAUUACGAUAAUACGUAUAAUACACAAACAAGUACAUGCCAACAAUCUUACGAUGAAUACAGUGAUAAUCAUUCACAAGUUGUACCUGAUACAACUCAACCUGAUUAUCAUCAAGAGGCAUUCAAUAAUCAACAGAAUAAUACAAUGCAUUAUCAAGGAUCUUAUGAGCAUGAUAAUGUAUCAAUGGAAUACAAAAAUGGUUAUCAUGAUGAAAAUUAUACAAAUUAUGAUAAAUCAUUUAAUUCGUCGUAUCCAGAGUCAUUCGAAAAUAAUUAUGAUAAUGUUAUUAAUGAAAGACAAACAAAUGAAGUGCCUGAAUUAUCGGUAACAACACCACGUGGACAAACUAGAACCAAUGGAUAUCAGUCCAAUAGUCAGUCCGAUUAUUAUUAUUCGAAUGAUGAGAAUCGUGAUGAUACACAAUUAAAUUUAUCCAGAAAUAAAAAAUUGAGUAAACGUGAUGUUAAUCCACUACAUCAACAAAAUACUGAUUCAUUGGAAUCACGUGAUGAUGAGCUUAAGGAUUCAUUUGAUACAGCAAUGAGUUCAGUAACAAGUAGUCAACCGAUAAAAGGUCACAGUGAAUAUUCAACAGCUGGUGAAUCAAGUCCAGUUGCUCCAAUGCACGUUGAAACACCUACAUCAUCACAAUCACCAGCUGUAACAAUGGUUAAUCAUAACACUGCCCCUGAUGUUACAGCUAGUGUUACAACAACAGCAAUAGUACAUUCGAAUAUAACAACUAAUGGUAAAAAAUCGUUGACGAGAACAGAGUCUUAUCUUGAUGAUAAUUAUCAGGGUACUGGUGAUGAUGAGUACAUGGAGGCAUUUACUAAUGGACAGGAGAGAAAGGAUUCACAGUUAUCACAACAGAGCCAGCAUUCAAAUUAUUCUCAGAAGCCAAAAUUAACGAGAGGUGAUUCAUAUGGAUCUGAUUACUAUAAUGGAACUUAUGAUGACAACAGAAGGGGCUCACUUGAUGCUGAUACUAAAUCAGAAUUGAGUAGAAAAAAUUCUUACUCGAGUAGAUAUGGAUCGUAUGGAAAAAGUGUUAUUCAACCGUUGUCCAGAGCAGAGAGUUAUCAACGGGGUUACUUUGAUGAUCAUCAUUCAUUUGAUGAGACGGAGAUUGUCCUCAGUAAUGUGGUCAAUGGAGAAUACAAAAUGCGAGAUGAAACCUUAGACAGGUAUGAACGCGGUGAAGAGGCCCUGGCUCGAGGAUCAAGAGAAAAUUCAUUGAUCGAGCCUUACAGGAGUACACCGCCCCUCUCUAUGUCGGCUAGUCCGAAAGGGAGCAUCAUAAAGCAACCAUCUCUGGAGGAAAGUAUCCAACUUGAUACACCUCCUAGAAGUCCACCAGAACCACCGGCGGACGAGGAAUUGAUGGAUCUCAUGGGUGGAGGACCCAUUCCCACUCAACUGAAGGAACGACCAACAAUGAAUGCCAAACAGCGAUGGCAUUGGGCCUACAAUAAAAUCAUCAUGCAGCUGACGGUGAGUAAUAACUUUAAUUAAGGGAAAACUACCCCUGUUUGGUGAGGGAAUGCUCGAUGGUACGUAACUCUUACACAGUUUUUCAUAAAUGCUCUGUCUCCAUCUUGAAAUAAAUAAAUAACGUUAUUUCAACUCGGUAAAUAGAAUGUGUGACCAUCAAGAAUAUUAAAUAUCACCACCACCGGAAAUCAAUAUACAUGCACUACUAAUACAGUCCAUAAAUACUAUUGUCAACUCAUCCAUGCCAUACAUAGACAAUAGAUCAUGGACUGAGAAAUUGUUGAUGUUUGGGAGGAUUGAAAUACCGGUGGUGAUGGCAUAUGAGGUGGUUGGAAACUCGGUGAACGUACAGUAGAAUGAAGGAAAUUGUGGAGAACUAGAGGGGUUAAAUGGA